AAUAUAGCAUACAAAAUGGCUUCGCACGACACAGAAUGGUUGUCUGUCGAACUAGGAAAUUAUUAUGAUAUAGGCAAGGAUAUACAAGAUAUAGUGUUUCAUCCAACUCUAAAUACAAUCUUAGUCAUAAAUUCUGAUUCCACUGUUCAAGUUUUGGACGCGGGUUCUGGCUUAAAAUUAGCAGAAUCAGAUUUGAAUGCAAACACCGAGAAUGCUCUUAGAUGCGCCUAUUUACCAAAAUCUGACCGGCUGGUCUUUACGAAUGGAAAUAAAUUGUCUUGUCGAUCUGAUUUCAACGGAAUCAUCCUUCUACCGUCCUCUUUGCAGUCAGGAGUUUGUAGUCUAGAUGAGACGAUAAAACUAGAAUUGCCACUUCCAGAGGCGUACCAUCUAUAUAAAGCAUUAUGUGUUGGGGACCUGGAGAAUGUAGAACACUGUAAAGAAAUAACGAAUUGUUUACAAGAAGCAGUAGUUAAAGCACGAACAGAGAGUUCCAACAAAAACCAUAAAAUAGCAAAGUGGGCGGUCGUGUGCAUGGAAGCACCUAUAGGAAAAUUAAAAACAGUUUGCUCUCAACUUGUAGAAGAGUUAAAAAGAGAUCGUAGCAAACAUAAUUUACCUGGUCUACCUGUAGCAUCUUCAGUUGUUUAUAGACUGCAAAAUCUUUUUGAAAAUUCAACGACAGCAGAUACUCGUUCACUAAUGUGCAGUGAAGAAGCCCGUAGAAAUACCUUUACUUCUUGGCCGCAUAUGACAUAUAAAUGGGCUCUUCCCGAAGCUAUGGCAGAAGCCGGAUUUUAUCAUCAACCUAACUCCACCGGUGAAGAUAGAGCCCUAUGUUUUACGUGUAACGUUUGUUUAGUGUAUUGGGAGCCAUGCGACGAACCAUGGUCAGAACAUGAAAGGCAUUCUCCAAACUGCCCUUUCGUCAAGGGUGAAUAUACGAACAAUGUCCCACUAUCUGUUUCGAAUGCAACAGAACGAGCAAUGUCUAGCGGGGAAGAAGAGAUCACUGUAAUUGGUUGCUCCUUAGGAACUGAUUGUUUUGCAACUGGAACAAGCAAGGGAAAUAUAACUCUGUGGGAUAAUUCAAUUAAUUUAAAGAAAUAUCUAGAAUUUGCUGUUAAUCCUUGUGAUCCCUUAAUAUUAUUUGAAUUAGAAGAGCUAUCUUCCAGGAAACAAUCUGAUUACAGCCGUCCAUUAACUGACAUCAAUUUAACAGCAUUAUGCGUUCUAAGGUCUAAACAUAAUCCUCAAGAAAGUUGCAGCGUAAUAGGUGGAGUUACGGUCAAUUUAAACAAAUUACCAACAAACGAAGUCGAAGAUUUAAAUUCCGUCAAUAAAGCCAUUACGGCAGAAAAUAUCAUAAAUGAUGAACCUAGUGUUCAAAAAGAGUCCUUGAGCUUACUCUUGGUUUGGAGUGUCACAGACAGUACUAGUCUUGCCCUGCAUAAGAAAAAUGGAAAAACAAUGAAAAAUUCAGAAUCAGUAAAACCCCCACUACCACCUGCACCUGAAGGAGGUUGGGAAGACGAUAACUACUUUGAGCAUGUGCCUGAUAGUCCAAUGAAAUUGAUGCAAGACGUCUUUCUCACCGGACCAUCGUUGACUGACAGCGAAAAUCUGCCUUUCUUACCGCAAAAUCCUCUUCACAUGGAAGAACCUAAUGAUACCUAUGUUAAUUCUGAAAAGGGCAAUCCCUCAGCUGAGUUAAUUCAAUGUGUAAGAGUUAAUGGGGAAAUGACAAAUGUGCUAUCAACUAUUGAUGGAAAUUUUAUCAUAGUAGCUGUCAAGGGGGAACAAACUUCGAAAGUAUUUGUUUAUAGUAUUCUUCAAAUGGGAAUUAACUCAAAAGCUUGUUGUGAAAGAGACAUUGAUGGAAUUAUCAAAAAUUUGUGCUUAUUACGACAACAGGCUAUUUUCAGCCAAGAUACUGAUUCCGUAGAUGAGGAAACAGAGAGUGACCCACAGGAAGAUGAAAAUCCUCCGGAGCGAAAAACUGCCUGUGGAAUGAUGGCUGUCACUUUAGUUUGCGGUGACUUAUUAAUUCUAGACCUGUCAAACCUAAAUACUCUUGCAAGAAUUCGAGACGCUAAAUUUGUAUCGACAACAUAUUGUUCGUCCUUAGAUAAACUAUGCGCUACCACAACUGACGGUAAAUUAAAUAUGUAUUCACUCGUAAUGAAAAAAGCUCGCAGAUCAGCGAAACAUUCAUCGUCAGAAUUAGAGAAUGGUGAUUUACGAUUAGAAGAUGAUGAGAGAACUACCACUACAAUUGAUAUCAAUCCCACUACUCUGAAGAGUUUACAUAGUCUUCUUCAAAUGCAAACUUUAAAAUGUCAUAUAACUGCUCCCCAAUGUUGGACAGAGAUACAAAACGAAUCCAGAAGAAAUAUGAUUCAACAACAAACUCACACAUUUUCUAGAACUUGGCGCUUAGAACAAGAUUCGUAUAGUUGGGAUGAACAUUUGUUUGAUAUAUCUUUGCAUAAGCCGAGCUCUGUUGCUCAUGUUGAUUUAACUUUGAAACUUCGAAAUUCUUCGAAUCAUCAUUCAACAGUUCAAGUUACUCUUCUUAAGCAAUUUUCCGUCUCUUCCACUUUACAACGAAAAAGCAAUCACAAAGCUCCAGUUGCUGGUCGUUCCAUUGCCAACCCUGUAAAAGAUAAUGAGUUUUUGGCAGAACAUAACGCUCAAAUCCUUGUCGGCCCAAUAGAACUAUCUCAACAUGUAGAUGCGAAUGGUAAAUUUGCCUAUAUAACUCUUUCUAGUCCUGAAUUGACAACGUCAAAAAGCAGAAAUCUUUUGUUGCAUUUUAAAUGUACCUACAUACCUUGUAACGCUCUAUCUGAAAAGACUCUAUUAAAAAGAAGAAAAUCGAACGAAUAUCUCUUGUCAUCAGCAAGUUCAAAAAAUGAUGUUAAUGCUUUUGGUUGUGAUAUAAUUAGUGAAAUUGCAAUUUCGGUCAGGAAAUAUAAGAAGCUGGAUGUGAAAGAGAAAUCAGAACGAUCAUUGAUGCUACGUAAUAGGUGCUUCCUGGAAAAACUCGUACAAUAUAUGUGUGAAAACGACUGCAGUCGUUUAGAGCGAGAAAAAUUGUUAUGUUUGGACAUCUUACAAUGGAAUGCUGGAUUGCAUUUUUAUUCGAAGCUGGAGAACAGUGUUGUUUUGGAUGUGAUUGUUGAUAAAAUCGAUAUUAUUCUAAGGUCUUGUUUAUUAAAUGGAUCACGAUUGGAAUCAGAUAGAGUUUGCAAAUUGUUAGUCCUCUGCUUUGAUAAACAACGUUGCAAACGACAUGAACCGCGCCUCUUAAAAGCUAUAUUGACUAUGUUAUCAUCAAUAGAGACUAUUGUUUCGGCCAAUGCUCUCUAUUCCGUAUUCCUAUUAUUGGACCAAGUUAAAAUGGCUGAUGUUGCAACGGCUGGUGAACAAUGUAUUCAAGUAUUAAACAGAAUAGCUAAAUUAUACACUGAAAGAGAUAGUGAAAUGUAUGCUCUUUUAAGAUCUAAAUUUGACCUGUAUGGAAGACCUUUUGAUCCCCUGAUAUUUCAUUUUCAAUUGAACCAAUCGAAAGUUUGGAGUAAAAGUGUUCCUGUUACCUAUUCAUCUGCUGUAAGCCAAACCACCUCUUCAACCGCUGCAAAUAUAACUAACAGCACAGCAGAAUCAGGAGAAAAAGCUCAACAAGUUUAUGACUGGCACUCAGAAUUUCAGGGAUAUUCAAGCUAUGAUAAAAAGAAAAGAGUUUUUUCGCCCUUUGGAUUGUUGGAAGUUGAACCAUUGCAUUUAACUACCCACUCAGCCAGUGAAGGCAUGAGAAUGGAGGGAGCUGACUAUACGCCCAGUGUUGCCCCUGAUCCUGUAGUAAGCGGUUGGACUAGUUACGGCACCAAAGGCGGAGCUGAAUCAAAACUGCCACUAGCUGGUAUUUUUGUCUCUCAUUCAAAACAUUUAUUAUCAAGUAUGCCUGCUACACCGAAAACUACCCCUCAAACUGUUACGCCACAGGGUAUGACACCAUCUGCCUCACCUCCAGAUAAUUUUCAGUAUCUGUCAGGUGCUCAUUCUCCUUUUAUUUCCAAAGGAGCUCAAUCUAAAAGUGACCAGAAUCAGACAUCUAUUCCUUCACCAGCAAUCGGAGGAACAUUAACACUACCACCAGCUCAAUUACUACUUGUUGAUGGUAUGCACUCAGGAGCAAGAAGAUACAUUACUCUGGACGCAGGAAGAAGUAUUAUGCUAACUGAUAUAGUAAUUCCAACUUUACCAACAAAUGUAGCCAGUUUGGCUAUUGAUGUUUGGGAUGAAAGUGAAGAAAGUAAUUCACAAAGAAUAUUGUUUAGCACUGACGUUUCACAAAGACCAGUCCAUCUUUCAUGCUUAUCUCCCCCUCCAAUAUGUCGAUACAUAAAGUUGACAGCCACUGGUGGACACGGAUGCUGUACCACUCGAACUGUUCUACCUUUGGGACAUUUCUUCGGAUAUUCGAUAAUUGAAAAUGAAACUGUUGCUAUGCACAGGCUCAAUUCUUUAGUGUCUCAUUACGAAGAUGUUCACUGCAAGUAUAGCUUAGCCUGUCACAAAUUAUCGUCAAAUUUGCAUUCCUUGUCUGGCAUUGAUGAGUCUGAAAAAGAUAAAAAAGCAGUAAAAAUAUUGAAAGAUUCUUAUUAUACUUGUCUUCAGCUACAACUGCAAUUGAGUUUCAUCCAUAGAUCUAUGAAUCGAUUUCGUAGAUUGCUGGGCCAAAACUGUGAAGAAGAAGAAAUACCCACUGAUAAGCUAAUGGUUAUCUCAGAAUGUUUGUUGUCUACUUUACUGUGCUUGACCGUUUGUUCUUCGGGUACAGCUGAUACAAAUGCUAUUGGAAAUGCACUAACCCCCAGUGUUUGCCAUAAUCUGUUACAAUCUCUCUGUGUUAAAGGAACUCCGAAAAUGCAAGUUUUAACGGGAAUUUUCCUCGUAAGGGUUCACGGAACUCAAAGUUGGUGGGGUACUUUUGUGGGAAACAGUAUAUGCGACUUGUUCGCGUAUCCCAAUUGUAAUUUUAUACCCAAACAGAGAUUACUUUCAUUAUUUACAAUUCUUGGACAUAAAACAAUAUGCAGUGCUUCAAAAGCAAGAAAUUAUUUGGAAAGUCUUCUUACUUUAUUAUCUAGAUUCCUAAUGCCUCUCCUUGAAGUCUUGGCCCAGAAUGGAACUGACGAAGACAUUGCAUUAGCAACCAGCAAAUUAGAUCUAGAACUGCUUACAUGGAUUCUUUUAUUUUUAUCCAAGAAUUUAGAAGUAGUAUCAAGUCAGAAUGAAGAAAAAACAAAUAUGAGAUCUCGUUGGUGCUUUCUUCAAAGCGAUGUAAAAGCAGGACACGACAGUGCUUCAGGUGGGCCUUAUAGUAGUUCUCAAUGCGAAAAACUCUAUAAAAGAAAAUUACAUAAGAGAUUGCUGCACCAUAAGCAACAAUUAUUGGAAUUGCAGUCGGUCAAGUUGAACAAAUUACAAAACUUAGCUGCAAAUGCUAUAGAGGCUCAGCAAAUAAGCAAAGAAGCGGAAAAACUUGCGAAAAAAGAGCAGCAAAUAAUUAGUAAAACAUUAAAGCAAUACGAAUCCAAAACUUUCAAAGACGCCCUAUUAGCCCGUCGUAAAUUGGAUGAACAGAUGAGGAAGCGAUUUCCCCCUGAAUCUCGCUCCCAUGCCUCUCAUAUGGCUAUAAAUUUGAGUUCUGUUGUUGAUAUUGAAAAAGAAAAAUGUAUACCUGUUGUUAAAGGUCUAGUCGGGCUACUUUUGACUAUUGAUGUAUCUUCAAACGUUCAUUUGUUGCUUGUUCUCUGCAAAUUAAUUGCCAAGAUAUCUCAUUUGCCGAAACCAAGUAUUAACUUAUCAGAAGCUUUAACACCAUCGCAAUUGAAAAACCUUAUGCUGUUACAAUCAGAAUGCGAUAGCAAACAUCUUUCGGGGCCAUGGACAUCUCAUGCUGUUAACUCAUUACUAUAUGAUUUGGUACAACAGCAGAGUGAUUCGUCUUCGCCAAUUAACUUUACAGGAGAAGCCGCCAUUCCAGGAGUUUCCGGUGCUUCAGGGAGCAACAACAGUAAUAAUGCUACUGCAAGCACAAGUUCAGGUGCUUGUGGUGGAGCGACGGCCAGUGCUAUCUCCAAUGUCAAUUCAAGUUCUAACCUUAAUGCAAGUGGAAGCGGCUUAUCAUCUUUUGCAUCGUCUUCUAGUAAAGUUGAACAAAUGGAUUUAUCUUUUUCUGAUGAAGAUUUGCCUAUAGCGGAACAAAGUAGCGACAAGGACGGAAACCCUGAUUCCUCAAGUGACGAUACCGUCAUGAAUAAUCUUCCUGAUUUAAGUAUUGUUGGAGCUCCAAUUACGAUUAUUUCUGAUCCUCAAGUUGAGCACAUGAAUGAACCAAAUAAUAUUUUUCAAUCAUCAGUCCUUGAUGUUUUGCUAAAUGAUCAUAUCAAGAAAUCAUCAAAUUUGUCGAAACAUUCUAAUAGUAGUAAUAAUAGCAACAACAGCGAAUCGACGAAUAUUUCAAUGGCCAUCGACUCUAGAACUCAAGUUGGAUUACAAAUUUUAGCAGAUUUGAAAAUAAGAAUGACCGCUUCAAACCUGCAGGAUAGCUUACAUUCAUCUUUCGUAUCAACUUUACCAUUAUCUAGUAAUUAUGGUCAUUCAUUGCAUAGUUGUUUGAAACCAUCUGUUGAAGAUGAGAGGAGACAGACAGAAAUAGUCCGUAUUCUAAAUAUGAAAUCAUCAACAAAUGAAGAAUUGAUAUAUACAGCUUUAGACGACCUUGUAUAUUUAUUUAAAGAAGGAAAGUUAAAUAUAGAUACUCUUUUGAACAUGUGGUCCUCGCUUGCAAGCAUUUUGAAUUCUCCUAUACUACGAAAGAACAUGCCGGUUGUCAUCUUGAUGCGAAUUGCUGAUAAUUUGCUUACAAUACUCUCUUCCCAACAUUUCCUAAAUGUUACCACUAGCGUUCUGGCUUUAAACAUAUUAAGUAAGUUAUGCGUAUCCGAAAUCGUUGCAACAAAUUUGUCAUCCAAGGACGAGAUAUUUCGCUUGCUAAAGUCUUUAUUAACGGACAUGAACACUGAAUUAGCAGGUCCGGGAGUUUGCACCGCUUUAUCUAAAUUUUUAGCUGAUUUACAAAAAGGAAAACUCUGCUUGGAAAUCAUGUUCAAGUUGGCUACAGAUAUAUGUCAGGUAUGGCCCAGAGGUCCAAUCGAUUUACAGCAUUCCUUCCUGACUUUCCUCUCUAAGAUUGUGACUGGAAAAAACAGCAAAAUAUCUCAAAACUUGGCUUUGCAAUACGUUCAAUGCGUAUCUACCUUGAUUUCAAUUGGAAUAAAUACUGGUAAUGUCAGCUGUCAGACAAGUAUUGAUUCCAAUAGAACGUCCUGUCUAGAAAGCAUCUUUCAAGAAGAUCAGAAAGAAGAGAAAAUAUUUGUCAAUAGACCAACUCUCUUGGCAUUAGUAAUUAGAAUAUGUGCCCAUCUCGUCCCUUAUGUAAUCAACAAUAUAGAAAUGAAUGUUCAAUAUAAAUUUUUAUCAGCUUUGAACGACUGCUCGUCUAAUACACUGGCUAUGCUGAUGUGCGCAGCUGGUAGACCACCUCCUCAAAUUAUAAAUCGAACUCCAAGCAAUGCUUAUGAUGAAAUGUUUUCUUUUCUUCUCAGUAUUCACAAACAAGAGACAGGUCGAGAAGUCGGUAUUCAAGCUAUAGCCAAAAUACUGGCAGAUGCAACUAAAUUAUCUCAAGCUGUACUAUGGUUAUGUCUUACUGUUCUAGAUGAAAAGAAAAAGCUAGCAAUAUUCUUACGUUUAGGAGGAGUUAUUGCUGUAUGCCGCCAACUUAUUAAUAGUUCAAAAUUUUCGUUGUGCUCUUGGCCUUUAGUCUUAACAGAAAUGUUAGAGGAAGAUCAACUUAUGACUGGUCCUAGCACAAAGCUUAAGGAAGAAGAAGAUGGUCUUAAAAAUUUAGCACCUUUAUGUCGCAUCACCAGCUCAAGUAAAAACAAUGCUGAGGCUCUUCUCUUAUCAAACCCACCACAUAGGAGAGCCAGAUCUGCCACUUGGACUUAUCACUUUUCACCUGGUGAAGUGUGGGUAGAUCUAACCCUUCACCUUCCAUUCGCGGCUCUUCUUUACCAAGUAAAUAUUGUGCCACAUGCUAUUUCUUUAUCAACAAGCCCUUAUUUAGUCGCUUUGGAAACCGCAAUGGAUAGCAAUAAUGUCUUACCACUGUGUGAACCACUUCAUACUGCAGGAAUGUCAACAAUUAAACUUAAAUUAGAUUCUCCAACAGUAGUAACAUCUGUCACUAUACGAUUACAUAGACCACUUGAUAACUCAUCAAUUGGCUUAUCUCAAGUGCUCCUUCUUGGAACACCAGCCUUCUUGAAGAUAAAAAGUGAUAUUACUGAUGGUAGCAACAGAAAAUCAGGUGCAGCUUGGUUGAAACUCUUACAUCAUUGUUUAAUUUCUUCAUCUGAACUUAGUAACGACGUAAUAUCUUGCGUACAAGCAUUUUCUACAGAAAAUAGAAAUUUUGUUCAGAGUUGCACUGCAUUGACUUUAAAUAAUUCCUGCGGCAUUUACGGCGAUGCUUUGGAAGAAGUUCUCGUGAAACUGGGAAGUUGCGAGGAAAGUUUAAGCAAAAGAGUUCUGGAAUGCAUCCUAAAUUUCACAGAAUCGACAGAAAUGAGCGUUGAAAUAUUUAAGAAACUUGCUGCUCGAGUUGAUCAGUUUAUGAGCGAUCGAUUAACUUAUAUUUUGGAAUGGCUAUCAAAAACAGCGGCAAACGUUGUUCAUAAUAGAGUAAAACCACCGGCGAAUGGACAUGUACAGGCCAUUGGAAAUGUCUUAUGGAACGUUGCGGACCAAGUAGAUCGUUUCUCCGGGCUCCUGAAUAUAAAUUUAUUACAAUCUUUAUUUGAAUGGGCUAUGAAAACACACGACAGCUCAACCCGUUGUGCAAUUGAAAGUGUUAUCUGUUCAAUUUGUAUGUUGAUACCUAGCCUUUUAAAACCAUUAACUGAAAAUUUAUACAACAUCGAUCAACAAGCUCUAUCAAUCCUUGCUUCUGCCUGUUCGUCUAAACGAGCAGUGGUUGCAAUGUUGGAGGGAAACUUUUUACUAAGCUUAGUUCAAAAAGUUAGAGCGACUUUUGAUUCAUCAAGCCAAUUUGAUUCUUUCCCCUCUCAUUUACAUGCUCCAGUUUUAAAAUUUUUGGCUCGGGUGUCAACAGUAUCCCAUUUUCAAGAUUUUCUUGGCAGUUUAGGGCAAGAAUUUUGGAAUGGGCUACUAUUAUCGGUCUGCACAUGGAAGCACAUGUCCGACUACGUAUAUAGGGAGAGCGUUCAUACAGCCUGUAUUGAAUUAGUUCGAGCCGUUACUCUUUGCCAUCGGGAGAAUCAAAAACUUAUAGCAUCGUGCCUUUGUCAUGUUUUACAAACGUCCCCGUCCGUUUCCGCCUUUCUCAGAAGAAUUCUCCUUCAAGUAUUAUUGGAGUAUGAAAAAAUAACCAUCAACAUCCACGGAAAUGUUCCUCUAACAAGUUCUCUCGGUUAUCCUGGAUUACCGGCACACCCUAGGCACGCGCUUGGCUUAAAAGGACGUUGCUUAUCAGCUGCAGUAAAUUGCAAAUUAGCCCAAUUAAUAUCAGUGGAUACAUCGUCAUCUGAAGUUGACGAUGAAUUUUCCCAAAAUUCCGAUGAUCGGGAAGACGAUCGAAGAAGAACGAUUAACUAUUUCUCAUCUGUGCAUGUGACAUCAGCUUGUAAAAGAGUAAAGAAGGCAUCAAAGAACGAUAGUAAUUCAAAGCAGCAAGCUCUCAAAAAAGCCUUUAAAUCUCCUAUCGUGCUAUAUUUUACCCAUUCGGCUCUUGGGGAUUCAGUGAAAAUUUCACCUCAAAUGAAAGUGGGAACCUUGUUAGAACUUUUGAAAAACCACAAAAGAGAUGAAAACGUGCUUGACUUAAUGGCUCAUGAUGCAAAAGAAGGGACAGAUUGUAAAGAAACACUAAUUGAGUCUUGUGAUAAGCUAGGCUCAUCAUCUAUUCUACAUGCAUUUGCGGAUUCUGGUGGCUUGGCUCUUUUGGCAGAUAGACUACCAUUGCUACAUUCUGUUGCUCAAACAGCAUCUGCAGCUCAGCCAAUGAUUUCAUCCUCCAGACCUAACAUGGACGAUUGGAUUACUCUCGAAAGUGGCGAUGAUUUCUACGAUGAUUUGAAUUUCAUAUCACAGACAAUGCAGAUAAAUAAUGUAGAAACCACUCAAAAAACAUCAAAGAGUGCAGCACAGGCUGCAAAUGCGUCAGCUUUCCAACCAGCUCCCCCUCAUUCACUUUUAAUAUUCGGUUUGUGUCUACGGCUUCCGAAAUAUGCGGAUGUGUUACUAAGAAGUAAUAAAGAAAAAGCUGUCAGUCUCUUGAGAUUGGCUUUGGGUGUUGCUGAUGACGCGGCAGGCGUUCCCAUAAUAGGAUCUGAAGCAGCCCAAGGUUUGGCUAUUUUACCAAUGGUCGUUCUCAAUGAUCUUUUGGAGUCUACCGAGGAAGAUGGAAUGAAGCUUCGACAUAACAUUGCAGAUUUAGGAAUUUUGCAUGUUCUUUUGGCUGUUCUCGCAAUUCUCAGCCAUCAGAAUCCCUUCGAACCCUCUAUAAGCCAUCCCCACUCUCAUCUGAUAAAUGUUGCAACACAAUCGGCAAAAAUGCUAACUACUACAACUAAUAAUAAAAAAGUUUCAGCAUCCGAGACAGCAAAAAAGACAACCGUGGGUACUGCUCAAGGUACUGCUGCGGGACAACAAUACUGGGCCAAGGGAACAGGAUUUGGAACAGGAAGCACAGCCAGCUCUUGGGAUGCAGAGCAAGCUCUAUUAAGGCAAAAAGCAGAAGAGGAUCACGUGUCAGCUUUAUUUCAUGCCAUUUCCUCAUUCUUCAAUAACAAUGACUUGAGAAAAGAUCGAAAUUUUACUAAUGAUCUCUUCGAGUUGUUUAAUUCCUCAUGUUUAGUUUCUGCUUCUUGCUCUUAUUUGAGAAACGACUCAGUUUUGGACAUGUCCAGGCAUGUUCCGCUGUAUAAGGCGUUACUUCGAUUGCUUCGAUCAAUCAGUUCAGUUCCAACCCUCGUACCUUUACUAACAACAUCAACGUCAACAUCAGAUGCAAGUCUAAACUCUCUACUUACAAGUAUGAAAAAUUGUGUCGAUACUUAUUCAUCUCGCUUGGCAACCAAAGUAACGGCUGGUAUAGCAGAAGAAAAAGGAGAAUUAUCUCAACUGAUUCCAGACAUUCAGAGAACAGCUAAAACUGUUGAAAGUGCCACCGAAGUUUUACAAAAAGAUAUUCAAAUGACAGAUGUCACAGAUAGACUGAAUUGUGUUUCUGAAGAGCAAAGCUUAGAGGAAACUUAUAUGCAAACUAUGAAAAGUCUGCAAUUUGACACCUAUAACAUGGUUGUAACAGAAAGAACUGGUCCACCAAAAUUUGUCGUCAGUCACCAUUACGCUAAUAGCGUUAAAGUCGCAGGAGAGCCAACUGGCCAGAAUGCCGCCUCGCGAGCGAGGCGGUUAGCUCAGGAAGCAGUCACUUUGUCAACUUCACUCCCACUUUCGGCAUCCAGUUCAGUCUUUGUCAGAUGCGAUGAAGAAAGGUUGGAUGUUAUGAAAGUAUUAAUAACAGGUCCUGAUGGAACACCAUAUGCUAAUGGAUGCUUUGAAUUUGAUGUUUACUUCCCUUUGGAUUACCCAACUGCUCCGCCUCAUGUUCAUCUAUGUACUACGGGAAACAGAAGCGUUCGAUUCAAUCCUAACUUAUAUAAUGAUGGAAAGGUUUGCUUAUCUGUAUUGAAUACAUGGCAUGGAAGACCAGAAGAAAAAUGGAACGCAUCUACUUCAAGCCUACUUCAAGUUUUAGUCUCAAUACAAUCGCUAAUUUUGGUUGCCGAACCAUAUUUUAAUGAGCCUGGUUACGAAAGAUCUAAAGGUACUGUAAGUGGAGAGGCCAGUAGCCGAGAAUAUGACAGUAAUAUCCGUCAGGCAACAGUUAGGUGGGCAAUGUUAGAUAUGCUGCAAAGACCACCAGCAGCAUUCCGAAGCGUCAUUAAAAAACAUUUUUGGUUGAAGAGAAAUCAGAUAACCAAACAAUUGGAUGAUUGGCUAAAUGAGACACAAGGGCUUUCCAACGAUAGAAGAAGCACAAGAGCAAUAGCUCAUAGUCUAGCAUCAUUAAAAGUUCAUGCAGCGCAAGUUAAAGAAGAACUACGAAACAUGAAAUGCCCGGACGAUGAUGAUGGUAGAAUGAACAAUAUAAACAAAGAUUCCCGAAAACGGAGGUCUCUACCAGGACUUAUCGAAUUUAUACUUGCUCUUUCUAUGCUAGCUAUGGGAGGCAGUCCUGUCCUAAUUUCACAGUUCAUUUACGAGUUAACAUCAGAAAAAUACAAUUUCAAUGAUAAUGGAGCUAGUGCUUGUUCUAAUGAUACAAACAGUACUACUUUACAGGAAACUGUACAAACAGAAUCAUCCCAUUUUAUGAUGUACAUCAAUAUAGCUACAAUGGCACCAAGUAUACUUAUGACAAUAUUUCUCGGAGCUUUCAGUGACAUAAAUGGUCGGAAAAUAUCAAUUGUUAUAUCUAUUUCUUGUGCAGGACUGGCUUUUUUUGCCUAUGAUAUUUUUAUAUUUUUUAGAAUUAGUAGGAAAUAUUUUGUUCUACCUGGACUGAUCCAAGGGUUAGGUGGAGGUUGGAUUGCUUUAUAUAUGGCAACAUUUUCUUAUUUAUCAGAUACAACUAGCAUAGAGACGCGAUCCUUUAGAGUAACUUUAAUGGAAGCUGCAGCGGGGGUAACCGUAACACUUUCUCAAAUAAUUAUGGGAUUAGCGAUAAAGAAACUCGGUUAUUUAUACUCUUUUUUAAUAAUCCAAGGAAUAUUAGCGAUUAGUUUAAUAAUUACCGUCGUUUUCUUGGAAGAUGUUAUCAGAGUUACUCCUAAUGUCAAGCGGGGAUUAUUUUCAUACAUUAAAGCAACGUUUCAUGUCUACACGAAGCCAUCAGAGUGUGGUAGACGGUGGAGAUUAUUGCUUAUAUUAGUGAUACUCUUUAUGGUUGCCUUCGUUAAUCUUGGUCGCAUAGAUGUUAUAACCUAUUUAUUAAAAGACAGUCCAUUUUGUUGGAAAUCCGAUUAUAUAGGAUAUUAUAUGGGUACUUCAACUUGCAUGACAUAUACUAGCAGUUUGAUUUUUACUAAAUUAACCGGGAAGAUCUUUGGAGAUAAAGGAUUAAUGAUGAUAGGAGCAAUAUCUGGUAUAGCAAGCAAUUUGCUUUUAGGAUUCGCUCAAUCAUUAUCACUUCUUAUCGCUGGUGAGUUGUAUAUGUAUUUUUUCUAGCCUAUACCUUUAUGUUAUGCUGUAUUAAUUUAUCUAGGACUCUUUGCGAAUAUAUUCACCUCCUUAGUAAUACCAAUGGUACGCUCGAUAGGCUCAAAGCUAGUAUCUUCUGACGAGAAAGGUGCUAUGUUUGCAGGUAUUGCAUGCAUUGAAACUAUUUCCACCCUUUCAGGGUUAGUGAGUAUGGAUGCAAUAUAUAUGGUAACUGUAAACAUAUUUAAACCGACGGCUUUCAUCGUUUGCUCCGGAAUAUUGUCCAUUUGUUUAUUUACUAUCUGCGGCUAUAUUUGGAGAGAGAAAAGGCUUAGUAGAUUGGAGCCUCAACCUCUUUGAAAGACAUCUAUUAAUGUAGAAAAAAGGAUGCUUUUUGAUUGCCUCUUUGCCCUUUACAAACACUCUGCUUUAUCAACUCAAAACGGAAUGGGAAUGCUGAAAGAAAACUGAUUUUUAAUAUAAAAAAACAGGCAAUGUGCUAUAUAUACAUAAAGUUAUAUGCACACAAUGUACAGCGCAUACACACUGUAUGUAGAGGAUUUACUGUAUAUAUUGCAUAUGUACUUAUCGAUCGGAUGUUUAUUUAUGCAAGUAUUUUUUUUUUAAAUAUUUUUUGAUCUCAUUUAAAAACUGAAUGUAAACUGAUCAAAGGUCAUGGACACAUAAACAAUUGAUAAUAUCACUUGAUAUAUUUGUAUAGAUUAAUAAAUAUUUACGUUAUGCAUAGUUCUAUUUAUUUGUUUACACAUUCAAUUUUAAACGAUAAAUUGAGAAAAAAAAGAAAUACAGACUUGAUUUGUUAAAAUGCUGUUAAAUAGUUAGUUAUUAACCCUAAUUAAGAAAGACUCUUUUCGAAGACUAAAUUAAAUUGAAAAAGCUCCAAAACAACUACAGGAUUGCAUAAAAUCUAUGUCCCCUCUAGGCCUAUUAUUGAUUGCAUUUACGCCUAUGCCUCUCCGCAUCUAUCUUUGUUAAUGGUUUUUUUUUAUAGGAAAUAUCUCAUUCUGCUUUAGGCCUAGAAGUUUAAGUUAUUCAUGAACUAGCAACAAUUUUCACCGGGGAUACUAGUUAACUGUUCAAUAGUUCAUAUGUACAUUCCAUAAUAUUAAAUCAAAG